CUAUCAAAGCCGCCUGGAUUCCGCAGGAGCCCCCGAAGCGCAGGGCCCGUCCGGGAGUCGGAAAACAUCGACGGGCUGCGCGGCGUAAAGGGAGGCGUCGGCCUGGAGCCGGGCGGAGGGGCUCAGCGUGGCCCUCGGGGUGCACCGCUCCCUUCCCGCUCCCGCGCCCGGGACUCGUCUCGGCCCGGGCGCUCCCGCUGUCCCUUGCUGGCGCUCUCUCGCCCAGAGAGGGAGGAACGGCGGUUGGACCCGCCCAAGGCUACCUGCGAGGAGGCGACGGCGCGGGCGGAGGAGGAAGUAGGAAGUCCGGGGACCGCCAAGUAUCGGGAAGCGGCCUCGACUCUCGAGGCUGAGCGGAGCUCCUCGACGAUGGAGGGAGGCAGUGGGAGUGGCCCUGGGAUGGGCAGUGAGCGGGUGAAGAACCUCCAGAAUGAGGUCGAGGGUGUCAAGAAUAUCAUGACGCAGAAUGUGGAGCGGAUUCUAGCGAGGGGUGAGAACCUUGACCAUCUGCGCAACAAGACGGAGGACCUGGAAGCAACGUCAGAACACUUCAAGACAACCUCACAAAAAGUGGCUCGGAAGUACUGGUGGAAGAACAUCAAGAUGAUUGCAAUAAUCUGCAUCAUUGCUGUCAUCAUCCUUAUCCUCAUCAUCCUCCUUGCCACUGGCGUCAUUCCAUCUUAAGUUUUUCCCCCACCACUGGGACUUUUCUGCUCAUAAUUCCCACAUUUUUUAUUUUGCCUCCAUCACCUCCUCCCUUAAUAGCUGAAAUUCCUAACUGAAUCACAAGACCCUUUGCCAAAUGCUGCGGUCAGGAGGGCCAGAUUGCUUCCCUGGAGCAUCUUCUUCCCCCCCCCCACCUGCCAGUCCCCAUUAUCUCCCCCCCCCAGCUUCCAGGAGUUAGCACUGGGGUCUCUUGGGUCCACACAGCAUGCCUCAGCAAUCCCUCAGCCAUACAUGUGAAUGUAAACAAGAGGAAGCAGGGACCAUUUCUCUAGAUUAUCCCCACCCAGCAGAAUAUAUCUAGGUUCUGAUUCUACAAGUGCCUCAGCUGCUACUUGGAAUGGAGCUUGCCAGCCUGUGUCUGUUUUAAACCUUGGCUAGAUUUCUGGAAUAGGCUGUAGAGAUGCCAGGGAAGGAUCCCAGUCUCGUUUGGCCAAGUCCAUUCUGGGUAUUCAUUCCCUUCCACGAAGCCUUACUCUCAGAUGUUGUCCUUGUCUUGUGCCUUUCAUAAUCCUGGAUGAAGAAGAAUUGAAUUACUGAAACUUACCUGGCAUUGUAAAGGAGAGAUGUUUUUGAAAUACUAUUUUAAAAAUAAAAUGAGGAAGCAUUGUUUGUUAA